AUGGCGUCCAUCCGAGCCAAUUGCCGCAAGAUUAUGUGCAUCGGCCGCAACUAUGCGGACCACAUCACCGAGCUGAACAACACCAAACCCAAGCAGCCCUUCUUCUUCCUCAAGCCCGCCUCCUCGAUACUCCUUCCGGGUGGCGGCCCCGUCCUGCGGCCCAAGGGCACGAACCUGCACUAUGAGGUGGAACUGGGACUGGUGAUGGGCAAAACAGUGCGGGACCUGGACCCGGAGGACGAGCAAGGUUACAUCCUUGCCAUCGACAUGACCGCGCGCAACGUGCAAGAGGAAGCAAAGAAGAAGGGUCUCCCCUGGUCGAUCGCCAAGGGGUUUGACACCUUCCUUCCCAUAUCGCAGGAGAUCGCCAAGUCGCGCAUCCCCAACCCGCACGACGCGUUCCUGCGCCUCAGUGUCGGCACCACCGAGCGCCAGGCGGACUCGACCAGUCUGAUGCUCUACCGCAUCCCGCAGCAGCUGGCGCAGAUCUCGCGUGUCAUGACCCUGGAGAAGGGUGACAUUGUCCUAACCGGGACGCCUAAGGGAGUGGGCGAGGUCAGGGCCGGAGAUGUGAUGAAGGCGUCGAUUGAAGUUGAUGGCAAGGAGAUUGAGGAAGGGCGCAUUGAGGUUGAGGUUGUGGAUCGAGAGGGUCGCUAUGAGUUCAAGGAGACCUAG